GGCUACUUGCAGAAUACAUACAGCGAGAGAUAGUCGCGAAUAAAUCCACAGUGGAUUACGCAAACAGCAAUUCUUGUUUGGGUGAGGAAGGAAUUACGGGAAGGAAUUCGGUAAAGGUCAAUUGAGAGAGGGCGGAUAAGAGAUCUGCUGCGAUUUCGACUCAAUUCAACGAAAUGGGUCUCUGGGAGGCUUUUCUCAAUUGGCUUAGAAGCCUUUUCUUCAAGCAAGAAAUGGAGUUAUCUCUAAUAGGUCUUCAAAAUGCUGGGAAGACGUCACUUGUUAAUGUUGUUGCUACUGGUGGAUACAGUGAAGAUAUGAUCCCUACAGUAGGAUUUAAUAUGCGGAAAGUCACCAAGGGCAAUGUCACUAUAAAGCUGUGGGAUCUUGGAGGUCAGCCCAGGUUCAGGAGUAUGUGGGAGCGAUACUGCCGCGCUGUUUCUGCCAUUGUGUAUGUUGUUGAUGCUGCUGAUCACGACAACAUCAGUAUCUCCAGGGGUGAACUUCAUGACCUCUUAAGCAAACCAUCACUUAGUGGCAUUCCAUUGUUGGUUUUGGGGAACAAGAUUGACAAACCUCAGGCUCUAUCUAAGCAGGCAUUAACCGAACAAAUGGAUUUGAAGUCAAUCACCGAUAGGGAGGUAUGCUGCUUUAUGAUCUCGUGCAAGAACUCUACCAACAUAGACCAAGUCAUCGAUUGGCUUGUUAAACACUCCAAAUCCAAGAGCUGAACAUAAGUAAUGCUUUGUACUGCAAUAUGUUGUGUUAUAGAUUUUAUCCUUUUAUUUUUAAAGAGAUUGUUUCGACUUCUUUGAAUCGUUUUGACUGGAUUGCUUGCACAUUCUUCUUUCUGGCCGAUGAUGGGCUUGCUGUGUAUCUGUUUCCAUUGAAUAACUUGUGUUCCUGACUCUUGAAAAACAAAAGAAAAAGAUUGCCCUGGUGAAGAGAUUGUUUAUGAUUGCUUAA